AUGGAGCCAGCGCCGGACUACGAGCGCGACGAGAGAGUGCAGAGCAUUCUGCGCGACAUGGGUGACAGUCCGCACGUUCUCUAUUACACCGCGGAACCGUUGCGUAUUUUUAGGCAUGGCAGACUAAAGAAGGUCGUCUUGGUGUCAACGCCCUACCACGUCUACUUGUUCAAGGCCAAAGGCAUGUCGUUCUACGCCAGAUGGCCCAAUAAACUGCUGAAAGUGAGCUCCUCUCAGAAUACGCUUUUUAUUGGGACAUCCGACUCGCCACAAGAGCAGCAGCAGCAGCAGCCGUCACAGGCUCUUCUGUCUGUAGAAAAAGAAGAGGGAUCUGAAUUUAUGUCUGUGAAGCUUGAGGGCACCUCCGUGAUGAAAAUAGCGGAUGUGGAACAGCGACUGCAGGAGCUCGCCACGAGUGCGAAGCUGCGUGCGGAGCAGUUGGAAAAGGAUGAAGUGUACUCUCUGGGGGGUGGCACACAUCAGACGAAAGAGAAGGACGACGAUUGGGGCGAUGCCGACAGCGAAGCCAGCGAUGAUGACACCAGCCCUCUGUGGGGGCAACAGAAGCAGCAACAGCCGCAGAGCCUGCUGCUGCCGCGGCAACGCGAGGGGGAGUCGAGCAGUCUAUUCCAGAAGGCUCCGUCGCGGUACCUUGCCGUGACGUCACUUAUUGACGGCGAGUUCGCGGACUACAGCGCACUGAAAAACGCUUACAUACGAAAAGAGGAGGAUGUCCUGCUCGACGAUCUUGCGGCGUUCAUCAGAGAGAACGAGGGGCAGGUAGAAAAGUUGUGUGAGCGCCACUACCCGGCGUUCCUCCACGCGGCACAGCAGUGCUUCUUUGUUUCGGAACAGGAUGCUGAGCUCGUGGGGCAGGAGCUCAGCGGCGCCACGGCCCUCGCGCGCUCCUCCGUGAUGGAGAUGAAGCGGGCGGCGGCAGACCUCAAUGUGUCGCGGUGCGUCAAGGAGAACGUUGUGCAGGUGCUUUCGCUACUUCGGGGAGCCUUGGAGGUGGCGGAGCAACUGGAGACAGCAGAGACGCGGGUGCGCAAGCGGCAGCUUCUGGGGGCUGUUGUUUCGCUGAAGCACUUGCUGCGGCUGGCGACCCCGCUCGCUGAGUACGCACUCGGUGAGUACGUCAUUCACCACCGGGUGCCACAGAUGUCGCAGGAGAUCUUCACUGCAGCGGUGCAGCACCUCAAUGCAUGGCUGAAGUUACUACGUGACCUCUCGCACCCUGUCGGUACUGCUGCUCUUAAGUGGGAGGGCGCUGUGCAGCCUGGCCGCAUCGAGAAGAAGCUGCAGGUGACAGACGACGGCGACUGGUGGGUAGAGGUGAGUUGCGCCAGGGCGCACAUCGAACGCGCGCCCUUCGCAGAGGCGGCUGGCAUCUCAAACAUCCUGUACGGGGCUUCUAUGCAAGAAGUGUUCGAGGAGCUCCGCCGCGGUACGUACUACUGCAAUUACUACGCCGAGAGCCGUACACAGCAGGCGAGGUUGGAUCUUUUUGAGGCUCCGUUCACCACAGAGGGCCUCAACGGGGAAGCCCUCGUGGCGGAGUUGGAGCGGUACUGCGCAACAGCGCUGGGCUUCAUGCUGAUUGAGGACAUUGUGCACCACGUCACGGAGCCACAUGUGCAAUCGACGGCGGAGAUACUGUGCAUGUGGGACCAGCUCUCGCAGGCUGUGGCUGAUCGUGCCCGGCGUGUGGCGACGUUGCUCGUCAACGAUUCCAACUACGCCGCACGAAUGACAGAUGUCUUUCGUCUCCUGCGCCAGUUUGUUAACAUCGCCGUUGAUGCCGUUCAAAGCGUGCGGCUGAGUCCACUCAUUCUGUCCCUGGUUGUGGAAGCGAUGAGCGACAGUAUCAUCAGUUCGUGGCUGCAGGAGGCCUGCAUGGAGGCCACACAGGCAGUGCUGACCGACACACUUGCCCCUCUCAGCGCCACCAGUGCUGCCGAGUAUGACGCGUACGUCACGCGCUUCUACCUCGAUCGCUGUAAGUUUAUGGAACUGCCGCUGACGCCACGCGGUUUUACCUCAGGGCAGCUUUCACUUCCAUACGCGUUAAUGGUACCGAUGUUUGGCGACAUCGCGUUGCGUUUCCUCUCACGCUGCCAAUCCAUCAUGGUAAUGGACCGCGGCGCAGUAGUGAGACAGUCUGAGCUAAACAACGUGGACGAAAUGCUUCUCAAGUAUCUCUCCGUUCUCUUCCGGACGGUGGCGGAGCUGCUACAGGGCCACCUGAUGUCUGUUGGGGAAAGAGCGGUGAUGCAGCUCGCCGUGUAUGUGACAUCGUGCGCGACGAUGGGUGCUAUUGUGUCGUGCGUUGAGCAGCAGUUUGUCCUUGGGUGGCCCAAUGACUACGGUGGACGGAAGCGGGAGAAGCUCGGUGAGCCGCGGCUGCUCGCUUCCUCUGCAUCUCUUUUCGCGAAGGCCCUUCAGAAAGGUAUUGAGCGGCUCCUCGCUGCUUUCGUGUCAGAGACGGAGGACCGACUGCAGCCAGCAGCGGAUAUCGAGUACUGGAAGCGACUGCUCGACGUGCGCAGGGGCACGGUGGCGCCGCAGCCAAAGUCGAGCAGCAAGGACGCAGUAGAGCGGGGCUUCGUGGAGGCGAUGGAGUAUGUCAUCGCCAUGAUCCCGAAGCUCAUGGCGGUGCUGCAAGUCUCUGUAGUGCGCAGCGUGCUGGGGACGGUGAUUGCCCACGCCGCCAUCACGGUGCAAGAAAACUUGGAGCACGCGAUCCGCAGCGGAUACGGCGAUGGCACUACGAGUGACUUCGUCGUGCUGCGCGAGUGUGUGAAGGAGUUUGAGCUGAUCUGUGCGACGCAAAUCCCCCUCUGGCAGAAGCGCAUUGAGAGCUCCGUCAGCGGGUUGUCCAUGACGCAGCGCUUUCCACUGCAUCCGAAGCAGAUUGCUGAUGACCACAUGCAGUGGAUCGCCCGAAAGGAGGCGACGCUGGCGCAGGAGCGAGCCAAUGCCAAUCAAAUCAUCGCGGGCAUUGAGGGCGCUGGCAAGCUGAUGGCAAAAGGUGUCGGGAAGGGAUUUCAAGUCGUUGGCCACACCGUGAAGGGUGGUGCAAACGUCAUUUCAGGGGCCGCGAGUGCGCUCACGGGCAAACGCGACCCAUAG